CUAGGCCAUUGUUUCAGUUAAUGUUGGUAUUCUUUCAGUUGAUCUUUGUAUUUUUUCAGUUGAUGCUUUUUUUUUUCAGUUAGUUUUAUUGUUUGAUUAAACUUUCUUUCUUUCAGAUGUGAUAAAUCCUUGUCUAAGAAGAAAAGCAAAUCUGAUCUAUCACCAAUCAAGUUUUCAUUUUCAAGAUCUAAUCCCGAUCAACAGAAAGACACAUUUGAUAGAUCGAAUUUCACUGAGCAAGAAAUAAAGUCAAUUAAUCUACAAGUAUUGUCAGACUAUUCCCAUUUAAAUGAAGUGGUUAGUAAUUUGAGUGAUGAGCAAAAAAGAGACAUUAGGGAUAUUGGGUUUGGGAGUCUCUUAGAUAUUAGGAUAAAGAAGUUUUGUCCUAAUCUGAAUUUGGAGGUGUUGUUAAAUUACAAUGCAUCUGGAAUGAUGUUUUCAACAAAGAAUGGUAAACUGAUUUUUAAUAAGUUUACCAUUAGUGAUGUUUUGGGGUUACCUGUGUCAGAUAGAGCAGUAGAGGUUAUAGAUGAUGACGCCUUUAGGAGGAAAGGUAGUCAGAUAGAGGCUGGAAGUGCCAGGAAGGAUUGGCAUAGGUUUCUUGGUAUUUCUGAUCCCAAGAAGGUAUAUAUUGGUAGAAAAAAUUGGGAUGAUUUGUUUAAGAAAUAUGAAUCCGGGGAUGAUUUCAAGAAGUUAUUUGUGAUCUUUUCGUUGUCGAAGCUUCUAUGUCCUAUAGCUGAUUUAGGGCCUGUGCUGAAAUGUGCCAAGAGUUUAGAAGAUGUAUCUGCAAUUUCAAGUUAUGACUGGUGUGGAUAUAUAUUGAGAAGUCUUUGUGCUGCUGUUUUGGACUGUCAUCAGUCUAUUAUGAUUAAGAAGAUUGAGCUUGGACAGAAGAAAGUAUCAUUCAAGCUUCGUGGAUGCGUCAGCGCUUUGACUCUUGUUAUAAUGAGAAAGAAACCGAAGGAAGAUGGUAAGAAGAAGACUGGCAAUGCUGAUGAUGAUUGUGGUCUUCAAGGAGAUAAAGAGGAAGGAAGAAAUAAGGAGUUGGAUGCUGGGUUUAUACAGAAGGAGAGAAAGGAGGAAAAAAACAUUGCUGAUUUCGAUGCCCCUUCAUUCCAACUAUUAACUCCUAGUCCUGUUGUUGAGGAUCUUCCAUACAGUGAAGAGAGUGAGAAAGUUGGGAAAGUUGUGAGGGUUAAGGAACCAGGUGAUGAUUAUGACGAUGAAGGUUUGGAGGACCUGAUUGAUAGGAUUGCUGAUCAUGGAGUUGAAUCAUCAUCUGACAAGGCUAAAAAAGAAGAGUAUGAUAAUGAAGCUGGUGUUGUUUCAUCUUCUACGCCUGCAUUAUAA